CCUCGUCAACUAAGUUUCUUCACUCUCCACUUCAUAAUAUCAACUUCAUUUUAAACAAUUAGAAAGAACAAAUUAUACAUGUCUUCACAAACAUAAAGAAUAUUACUUGUUUAAGGAAGAUAUAUUAUUUAGAAUAUUAAAUAUACCGGGAAAGUAAUUAUAUGUGUGUGAGCGGGUACAUAUGAGGCGAGUUUACCUAAACCCAAACCCAACCCGACCCGAUGAAUAGUAUAGCGGAUUUAAACCCGAACCAGACCCAAAACCGUCAACACAGAUUUUACCCGCGUUGACCGAAUUGCGUCAUGUGGGUACCAGUUCGGGUUUUGUUGCCAUCCCUAAUUGAGAGCCAUGGUAGAAGCUAGAAAGUAGAAACGAAGGGAAGAUGAGGUAAAAAUGUAAAACCCCCAAAUUCAAAAAGUUUGUCUUCGUCCCACUGUCUUCUCUCCGAAGUUCGAUUUCCAUGGUUUCCCUCUCACCAUCUCCUCCUCGCCUCAGUCCUCACCCUUCGCCGCCUGUCUUCCGCGCGUCGCGAUCCUAGUCACCGCUAGUCAGUUUACGUCAGCCACCUCGACGCCAGUUCUCACCAGUUUUCGCCGCACCUAUCCUCUGUCUCUCACUCUCUCUGUUCCCUCCGCCCCUCCUCCUUCCGAAGCUCCUACUGUCCCGUCACUGGCAAUACGAUCGGCUGACGUCUCCCUCCCUGUAAGUUUCGUUACCUCUGCCUUGCUUCUUGUUAUACCUACUCCAUUGCGCUAUAAUUUAUCUCUUUUCCCUUCUGAAUCCUAACAAUUGAUUAGUAGUCUUCUCACCGCGAGUCUCAGUUCUGAUUCUGUCUAUUUCCCCUCUUCUUUCAGUUCACUUCGUUUCAGCCGGCCCGAAAUUAAGCUUGCAUUUUGUUGCAACCUUCUCCAGCUAGCAAGAGUACACCGCAGUGGUAAGUUAGAAUUCUUUCCUUCUCUAUGUAGUGAUACAAGUAUCAAGAUUUGUCAAAAUUGGUUGCAUGUAAUGUCAAGCAAAUAUUGGUUGAACAAAAGAGUUUAUUUCUAGAGGAAGGGGUUUUUUUAUAUUCAAAAGCUGCUGCAAAAGUUUCAAAUGUCAUUUGUGACUGCUUUAUUGUAUUGCUUUUAGUGCUGAUCAUAGGAAGUGGAGUGAAUGGGUUCACGCUUGAUCCAUCCUUGGGGAGUUCAUACUUAUUAGUUUCAGUGAGUGAAGUAAUGCCAAAGGUUGGGAUGGACCAUUAGCCACCUCAUGUAAGGAUUAAUCUGUUUGAUAUGGUACUACCAUUAACCACCUCAUGUAAGGAUUAAUAAACAUAUGAAAGCAUAUUUUUUGUCAAUUAAUCCCGAAGACAUAUUAGAGAUUCUACACAAAAGAGAGAAAAAAACAGACUUAUUAGAGAUAUCCGAGAGACUUGCAUAUUCUUUUUAGAGCAUCUCCAUUGGAAUUGCAAUUAGAAUUGCAUUAUGACAUGACAUUCAUUUGCAAUUGCAUUGAUGUAGAUGACAAUUGCAUCUUUGCAAGCUUGCAUAUAAUGCAAUUAUGGAAUGCAAGCCACAUCAUCUUUUUUAUUAUUAAAUUGUUCAUUACUUUUAUCAUUUGAGUGUUUAUGUUUUAAUAAAUUAAAUCAAAAAAAUUAGUUGCAAUUGCAUUGAUGUGGUGCAAUGCAAGUAAGAUGAGUUGGAUUGCAAAAUAAUGAAGUAAUAAUAAAAAAAAAAAAAACAAAUGCAAUUGCAAAUACUAUUGCACCAAUAGAGAUGCUCUUACGGAAGUUGAAACCAAAUAGCUCAUUGUGUCUGUUACCGUUGGGAGUGAUUAAGUAACCAUAGCAAGUGCUAGAGAAGCCAGGUGCUUCAGAAUUGCUAUAUAUUUCUAGUACAGUAACUUUGAUAUCAGCUCUAGAUGUUCUCGUUCAUAUUCACAUGGAGAUCCAAUUUUCGAGCCUCUGGAAAACAUUAACGGGUAAUUGCUUAUGCACAGGUUAUCCUGCUUUUUUUUUCUGUUUGUAGAAUUUUCACCACCAUUGGCUGGUCAUACCGUUGUGCUACAAGUUCAAAUUUGCGUUACCAUUUUGAAACAAAUAAAUAGUUAAGUGGUCAUUUUGUAAAGCGGCUAGACACCAAAGGGCGGGACUCGGGAGGGAAAGGGCCCAAAGGGAUGCAUCCCGCACAUUUGUAUUCCUCAAUUUCUGAUCAAAUUCCUGACAAAAUCUCAUUCUUGUUAGAUGGCGUGUUAGGAUUUAAAAAAGGGUGCGCUUUGUUUGACGCAGGUGAGUGCUAUUUGGGACCUGAGGGUCCUUUCUCUGCCUGAUCGAGGGCUUUGUUAGUCUGCCAGCGAAGAGGAAUAACUGAACAAAUAGAAGAUGGGUUGGAACUACCCAGGAAUAUCUUUGGAGGAGAUGGUCAAGCUCAUAAAAGGGUUUGUAGAUAUAUUGCUUCUGGCAUCUGGGUAUCUGUCAACUGGGCUUUUAGCUGAUUGGGAUUCCCAAAACAUAAAAAAAGCGUUUCAGUGGGCUUCCUUCUUUCAGAAUGUGCUUACUGAUAUGAGCAGCACUGACGAUUACCAAGAUUCUGUGAAGGAACUUAAAGCAGCUCUCUGUCACCUGAAAUCUGAUACAUCUUUCCCUGAGGGUCUUGCAAGUAUAUCCUAUGCUUCCCUUCUGCAUGCUAAAGAUUUUGUCUUGGAACAUCUAUGCGGAUGCUUGCCGUUGAGGAACUUACAUCUCCGAGCUCUUCUAUUAGCAAUGGUUGAGGUGGAUCUGGAAAAGCUUCCUGGUGCGGAGCAUGACCGCCUCAAUACAUAUCUGAUCAAAUUACAGCUUAAGAAUGCUCCUGGCACCUCAAGCCCCCAGAUUUUGGAGAAAAAUACCACUUCAACCACAAAGAUCAGUGAAUGUAGCAGCGGAGACUUGACAAACUUGACUAUUGAAGCGUGCCUUGCAAGGCAAUCUACUGUGUUAUCUAUCUCAAAAGUUGAGGAAGGAUUGGCUAUUCUAUCUGAUGCUUGUGGACUUAGUAGUAAGACUGAUUCCACCAGUCUGUUACUCAAGAAACAAAAGCAUAGCAGAGUCCUAAUGUCAAGUGGGAACAUGGAGCUCUUGGUCCGGUAUGAUAAGAGGAAUGGUUGGAGAUCAAAGAAUCUUUCGUACUUUUUGCACAAAAGAACUAUUAGGAUGGUUGCAGGGGCCAGCAUAAUGCUUUCUUCCCCCAAGAAUCAAUGGGAACAAGUCUUGAAGCGGUUGAUUGCAUCAACACAAUGCAGGGAUAACUGGAUACACGAAACAAUAGAACUUCUCUUACUUGGGUACAUAGCGAACAAAUGGAGCACGGUAGUCGAAUAUCUGAUGUCAUUUUCUUGUGAUACAUUAACUGUCUUGAAGAUGUAUCAAGCGCUGUGCAACUUACUUCCUACAAUAAGCCAAGCUACCCAUUUCAAAGUUCAAGCAGCAAGUUCUAAGGAAACUCGCAUUCUUGAAUAUGUGGUGGAUUUACUUGGUGAUCAUCUUCAACCAUUGUGGCAGUUGUCGCCAGUACUUGUAGCAGUGGGAAUUCCAUUCUGGUCACCUGUUUUCAGAUAUUAUCUAAGUGAAAUAGAGAUUCAACUCAAGGGAAAGUCGUCAACGAUGAGAUUCUGCAAUUGUGUUCAAGAAAUGAAGGAGCAUGAGGAAUGUGAACUAGCGGAGAGAAUCUGGUGCCUCUACAUAUUUCAUAUUGGUGGAUCUCAUGUACUGUAUGGUGCAAAAUUACCUACUCCACUGGAAAGCUGACCCCCAGUAAGAACCUCUCUGCUGAACUGUACUAGGAAUCAUUAGAGUCUGAAGGUUUAUCUCCUGACAUUAAACUUGCUUUGUUAUUGUGCUCCUUUCAAUUUCCAAUCCAACUUCCCCACAACACCAAAAAGGAAAAGUAAAAGAAAUAGCAGAUAAUAAAGAAAUGUAAAUUUGGUUCUGUUUUGUCUGCAGAAUUUAUUUAAAAGCAGAGCCACCUGUAAAGUAUUAGAUUCAUCAGUUUGCUUUGUGUACUGAGGAUUCUUCUUCAGCCAUGUCUUGCAAGUUUGGUAUUAAGUUCCAACCGUUUUCUCCUAUUUGCUUGCUUGAUCUGAUAAUCCCAUGAGCCAUAUAGAACGCGCGAACUGAUCGCUAGUUUCUGGCUUCUGGGAGCCCCAUUUUAUCUUACUGGCUGCAUGUGUAUUUUUUCUCCUGGUGGCCCUCUUAUCCCUAUGACUUCCAUAUUUCAAAUACACCAAUUUCGUUUGCCGCAGGACCAUAGUCAGUAGCAUUUCCUACUACACACUUUACAUACUACACAUGUAAGCAUUCGCUUUAACAUUCAAGAAAGCACUUUGCUGACACGAAAUUUGGAUUCAUUACAUUUGGAUAUUGUGGUCCCAUUAGGAUAAGGGAGCUAGUCGGUAGCACUUGCCUACUACACACUUCACAUGGUAUACGUGUAAGCAUUUGCAUUUUAACAUUCACGAAAGCACUUUGCUGACACUAAAUUUGGAUAUUGUGGCCCCGUUAUGAUAAGGGAUCUUUCAUUCUUUUUGGUCAAGAAUGUGUAUGAGCAAACCCAAUCCAACCUCUGAAGUUUUGCCUUUCAAACUUUAAGUGAAUCACAAGGGAAAUCAAACUACAGGAUAGUCAUAGACAGAUUCUAAUUAUAUUUUUCUUUUGCAUAACAUGUGGUUUGGCCCCAGUGGAAAGUUCCCAUUUCCCAGUCAUCACUUACCUCUUUUGCAUAACAUGUUGUUUGGCCCCUCCCUCCCACUCCCAGUAAAGGGAUUUUGACAUCUAUUUAAGGAUCAUCAUUUCAUGGUCAUUGGUACGGGUGAGUGCAUUUGAUACUAAGAAAGCUCAACAUCUAGUUUCAUUUUACACACACUCCCUAUUUCUAUAUAUCCUGCUUCUUGUGUUUCAUUCAUUUGAUACCGAGGUCCAACUGUCCAGUGUAGAUCUUGCAGCAUAGUUUGACAUGAAGCUCCUGAACACCAAAAGCAUGAAAACAACCCAGUUCUUGAGAGGGGGGAAGAGAAUUCCGAGCUCAACUGCAUCAUCCACUGCCAUGGUAGCCAUUGCUGAUAGGAAGAGAAAGGUUCCGUCGGGUAGCUGCAGAAAUAAGUCUUAUGUUCCUAAGCGAUGGGUUCACAAGUUGAGGGCACAGUGGAAGCAGACAAUAGGGUGGCAGAAGAGCAGCAGUUCUCAGUUCAGCUAUGACAUUUGUAGCUACUCUCUCAACUUUGACGAGGGUGGCUCUCUUGAUCAGGUCCUUAGAAGCCAUGUUUUGUAGAUGAAAAGCUAGGAUCUUUGAUCUCAAUUCUUCUUCCAUUUUAUUUUAUUUUAUUUUUUUUCCAAGGCAAGCCCAAAGGGCAUGGGACAAAGACUCGACACGAAUACAUGACCGACUUAAAACCAACACGUUAGUCUGUAUGCAACCAGACUACGAUGAAAGAGCCUGAAAAGCCACUACUUGGGCAGCUCUGAAGAAGCUCCGAGGAGCAAAGACACGACACUAACGGGAAAAAAACAACAAAAACUCAACAUCUCCAAGAUAGUCCUGCCAGUGAGUGUAGUUUUCUUCGACGGAGUAUGUUGGAUGACCAGUAUCGAUAUGCCAACAAAAAAAAGCAAAAGACAUUAGCAAUCUUCGACAAAGCAUUCAUAAUUACUCUCAUAAAUUUGUAAGAGAAAAUAAAAGCGAACACCUGAU